CGAAACAGAACUCAUUCUAAAAAAUUUCUUUCCGCAAACGAACAUCACCAUUUCACACAACACAUCGUACUUAUCGCCUCUUUCGAUUCACCAUGCAAUCUCUUCAACCUUCAUCUCUCCGUGCCUCCCCACCCAACCCACUUCUCAGACCUUCAAAUCGCCAAUCUCAUCACAUCACCAAUGCGAGACAACCCACGAGAAGACGCACAUUCAUCUCCGCGUCAUCCUCCACCGUCUCCUCCGCCCCUAAACGCGAAACAGACCCGAAGAAACGGGUCGUAAUCACCGGAAUGGGACUCGUCUCCGUGUUCGGGAACGACGUCGAUGCUUACUACGAGAAGCUGCUUUCCGGCGAGAGUGGAAUCAGCUUGAUUGAUCGAUUCGAUGCUUCAAAGUUCCCGACACGAUUCGGUGGUCAGAUCCGUGGGUUUAGCUCUGAGGGUUACAUCGAUGGGAAGAAUGAGCGGAGGCUUGAUGAUUGCUUGAAGUAUUGCAUUGUUGCUGGGAAGAAGGCUCUUGAAAGUGCGAAUCUUGGUGGUGAUAAGCUUAACACGAUUGAUAAGCAGAAAGCAGGAGUACUAGUUGGGACUGGUAUGGGUGGUUUGACUGUGUUUUCAGACGGUGUUCAAGCUCUUAUUGAGAAAGGUCACAGGAGGAUUUCUCCUUUCUUUAUUCCUUAUGCUAUAACCAACAUGGGUUCUGCUUUGUUGGCGAUUGAUCUUGGUCUUAUGGGUCCUAACUACUCGAUUUCGACGGCUUGUGCUACCUCUAACUACUGCUUUUACGCUGCUGCGAACCACAUUCGCCGUGGUGAAGCUGAUAUGAUGAUUGCUGGUGGAACUGAGGCUGCUAUUAUUCCUAUUGGCUUGGGUGGUUUUGUUGCUUGUAGGGCAUUGUCACAGCGAAAUGAUGAUCCUCAGACGGCUUCGAGGCCGUGGGAUAAACAGAGAGAUGGGUUUGUCAUGGGUGAAGGAGCUGGUGUUCUGGUGAUGGAAAGCUUGGAACAUGCGAUGAAGCGUGGUGCUCCAAUUGUAGCAGAGUAUCUUGGAGGUGCUGUUAAUUGUGAUGCUCAUCAUAUGACUGAUCCAAGAGCUGAUGGACUUGGUGUCUCUUCAUGCAUUGAGAGCUGCCUUGAAGAUGCUGGUGUGUCACCUGAGGAGGUAAAUUACAUCAAUGCCCAUGCAACUUCUACUCUUGCUGGUGAUCUUGCUGAGAUUAAUGCCAUUAAAAAGGUAUUCAAGAGCACUUCAGGGAUCAAAAUCAAUGCCACAAAGUCUAUGAUAGGUCACUGCCUCGGUGCUGCUGGAGGUCUUGAAGCCAUUGCCACCGUGAAGGCUAUCAACACUGGAUGGCUGCAUCCCUCUAUCAACCAAUUUAAUCCAGAACCAGCGGUGGAUUUUGAUACGGUCGCAAAUGAGAAGAAGCAGCAUGAGGUGAAUGUUGCCAUAUCAAACUCGUUUGGGUUCGGUGGACAUAACUCAGUCGUCGCCUUCUCCGCCUUCAAACCCUGAUGUCGUCAGACCUUUAGAUCCUCAGUUUCCAUCUUUUAGGUCACCACCAUCUUCUUCUCUGCAGCGUCUUGGUUCACAAGUUUGAGCUCCUUUCAGCCUUUUUAUUUUUAUUUGUCAUUGUUUUUGUUUGCUCAACUCUUAAUCUCUUAUUGGUCAUUGAGGUGUUGAGAAUUCAGAUUUUGCUUCUCAAUCCCUGCACGGAAGGUUGUAUCUUAGUUCGUUUCAUAUUUUCCUAAUUUUAUAAACAGAACCAAGAAUAUUGUAGUAAAUAGUGUUAGUAUCGGAAUAAACCCAGUUAGGGGAUCUUUCAUCCUUUUUUUCUUCUUUGUUUAAAGGGGAUCUUUCAUCUUUUUUUCUUUCCAUCGAGGAAUUGUAUUUAAUCACUAGGGUGUAAAAACAGC